AUGCCGCCCGUCGUGCAGCAGCCCGGCGCGCCUCAGCAGACGCUGUUCCAGAAGCUGUCGAUGGGCGCAGCAAUGGGCACCGGCGUGGGCCUCUGCAUCGGCUUCAUUGGCGGCGCCUUCCAGAUCCUGCGCGCCGGUCCAGGCCCGCGCGGCACCCUGGCGACGCUGGGACAGUUUAUGGGCACGAGUGCUGCCACGUUUGGCUUCUUCAUGUCAAUCGGCACAGUGAUCCGCACCGACUCUUCACAUGCGCUCGAGGCACGGGCAUACACCGCAGCGUCGCGGCCUAUGCUGUUGCGUCCGGAGGUGAGGGCGCAUCUGCGGCGGAGGGAGGAGGAGUGA